AUGUUGAUAAAGCUAUUUCUCUAUUUGAUAAUUGUUAAUUUUUCGGUGUCUGAAAACAUUCGAGAAAAACGACAAGUCUCGCUAAAACGUCGCGAGUAUGUUUGGACUAACAAAAUUUUAUAUUAUAAAUUCAAUGCGAAUUUGCCGGAAGUUUCAAAAACUUCCAUGUUGAAAGCAAUGCAAUUGAUGACCAAAGAAACUUGUGUCAAAUUUGAAAAUGGACAAGGCGAUGGAAAUUAUGUAAACAUCAUGAAGUGAGUGAUCCCACAUUUGUUGGGUACUAAAAAAUGUGAAAAUUCAGCGGAAAUGCUUGUUCUUCUGCACUUGGAAAAAAUAACGGCGUGCAGACUCUGUCUUUUGGGAAAUAUUGCGCAACAACUAGCACGGCGGUUCAUGAAUUAAUGCAUGCUUUGGGAAUCAAUCACGAAAUGUGUCGAUUUGAUCGAGAUGAUUAUGUUACAGUUAUUGAAAGCAACAUUCUCGAAUAUUUAAAGUAUAAUUUUGUUAAACUUACCUCUUCAAAUAGCUACAAUCCAGUUCCAUUCGAAUAUGGAAGUGUUAUGAUGUAUGCCCCAAAAGCUUUUGCAAAUGGAUCACACGAGACCAUUAUUCCGAAAGACAAUGAUUAUUAUUAUACAAUGGGAUUUCAAUUGACAUCAUUUUUAGAUUACAAAAGAUUGAACAUUGCUUAUGAUUGUAUGUGUAAAAACGCAACAAUAACUUGUAAAAAUGGUGGUUAUCCACAUCCAAAUAAUUGUAACAAAUGUUUUUGUCCUGAUGGUUUUAGUGGACAAUUAUGCGGGACAAUUGAUGCCUAUCAAACAUUUGCAUCUACUAUGGUUUGGACAACCCGAACAAUUGUGUCAAAAUCACCACAAACCGAUUAUACCGAUUACACCAUAAUUACAGUUGCUUUAACUGGACAAGCUGGUAAAAACAUUUAGAUACAACUUCUUGAAGCGCCAACCAUGCAAUGUCGAUUAAAAUGCAUAGAUAAUGCUGUGGAAAUCAAGUAUUUGAAUAAUCGAUCAAUCCGAAAUCCCGUGUCAGUUUUAUUUCGAAUCUGAUUGUGAGUAAAAACAUAAAUACUCUCUUAAAUAUUCCAGACAAUGUUGUCCUGAUUCAACUCAGUGAAAAGCGAUUAAAACAUCAAAAAACAAUCCGACAUUCAUUCGAUUUUAUGUGCAAACUGGAUAUUAUAAUUUGA